GCCGCCCCGGACCAGCGACCGACCGCGCCGGGAGGCGGCUGCUCCGCCGCUCCGUGGGGUUUAUCAAACCGUGGUGGGAGGAAGAGACCGACAUUCUCCGGCGUUUUGUCUAUUUUUUUUUUUUUUUUUAAUCUUCUCCCCGUCCUUUCUGGCGGUUCUUUUUAUCAUCUAUCCAUUUACCCUUCGUUGUUUCCGAACCGCCUGCAAUAAUCGCCUCGCUACGUCUCGCAGCUGGCGCGUUGGAGAAGCCGGCACCAGCCGCCGCGAUGCCGCUCAGCGCCGGCUUCUCCAGCAAGAACUACGACUACGAUUACGACUCUGUGCAGCCCUACUUCUACUUCGAGGAGGAGGAAGAGAACUUCUACCUGGCGGCGCAGCAGCGGGGCAGCGAGCUGCAGCCCCCCGCCCCGUCCGAGGACAUAUGGAAGAAGUUUGAGCUGCUGCCCACGCCGCCCCUCUCCCCCAGCCGCCGCUCCAGCCUGGCCGCCGCCUCCUGCUUCCCCUCCACCGCCGACCAGCUGGAGAUUGUGACCGAACUCCUCGGGGGGGAUAUGGUCAACCAGAGCUUUAUCUGCGACCCGGACGACGAGACCGUCAAGUCCAUCAUCAUCCAGGACUGCAUGUGGAGCGGCUUCUCCGCCGCCGCCAAGCUGGAGAAGGUGGUCUCGGAGAAACUGGCGUCCUACCAGGCAGCCCGCCGAGAGGGGGGCCCCGCCGCCCGCCCCGGACCGCCGCCCGCCGCGCCGCCAGCACCGCCACCCGGACUGGCCGCGUCCCCCGCCGCCUCCGCCAGCCUCUACCUGCACGACCUGGGCGCCGCCGCCGCCGACUGCAUCGACCCCUCGGUGGUCUUUCCCUACCCGCUGAGCGAGCGGGCCCCUCGGGCCGCGCCGCCCGGCGCCAGCCCCGCGUCCCUGCUGGGCGACGACACGCCGCCCACGACCAGCAGCGACUCGGAAGAAGAACAAGAGGAAGAUGAGGAAAUUGAUGUUGUUACAUUAGCUGAAGCAAAUGAAUAUGAAUCCAGCACAGAGACGUCAGAAGAGCACAGUAAGCCCCACCAAAGCCCGCUGGUUCUCAAACGGUGUCAUGUCAACAUUCAUCAGCACAAUUAUGCCGCUCCUCCCUCCACCAAGGUUGAAUAUCCAACUGCAAAAAGGCUAAGGUUGGACAGUGGCAGAGUACUCAAACAGAUCAGCAACAACCGAAAAUGCUCCAGUCCGCGCACUUCAGAUUCAGAAGAGAACGACAAGAGGCGAACACACAACGUCUUGGAGCGCCAGAGGAGAAAUGAGCUGAAACUGAGUUUCUUUGCCUUGCGUGAUGAGAUACCUGAGGUGGCCAACAAUGAAAAGGCUCCCAAGGUUGUUAUCCUGAAAAAAGCAACAGAGUACGUUCUUUCCAUCCAGUCAGAGGAACACAGACUGAUUGCAGAGAAAGAGCAGUUGAGGCGGAGGAGAGAACAGUUGAAACACAAACUUGAGCAGCUAAGGAACUGUUGUGCAUAGGAAUUCUUGAGCAUCACUUAGAAUAAUGCAAACUAGACUGAAACUAUGAUAAAAUAUUAAUGAUUCUAAUAUCUCUCAUGAACUACGCAGUCCAUCGAGUAUGGAACUAUUGCAACUGCAUGCUGUGCGAUUUAACUUGAGACUACACAACCUUGGCUGAAUCUCCCAAGGGUUUGGCCAGAACCUCAAAACUGCCUCAUAAUUGAUACUUUGGACAUAAGGGAUGAUGGGACAUUCUUCAUGCUUGGGGAUGAACUCUUCAAUUUUUUUUUCUUUUAAAAUUUUGUAUUUAAGGCAUUUUUUCAUACGAGAAUCCAAAAGAAAAAAGUUAUCCCCAGUCUGCUGUAUAUAGUUACACAUCAUAUUGCCAUGUAAAUACCUUUAAUAAAGCCUUUAUAGAAAAAUGUGCACAUUAAUACACAACAGUUGUGGCAACUGGAUUUAUACUUGUCUUGAACUUCUGUGCCAUAACAUUUCACAAUUUUGUUUUUUAUUUAAGUACUUUUUUCCUUUUAAAAAUGAUUUUUAUUUUGUUUUUAGAUAAAUAAAUAUUUGCCCAAAAUAUAA